AUGCUGUUUCCUGAAUUAACGGACAUUGAAGCUGGCGAUAUCGUAUUUUUCAUGAAAUCUUUGGAAAAAACCGAGAAUGGCGAAUUCGAAGAAGCGAUUGUCACGGUUGCAGCCCAGCCGAUAGCGCAUGUUGGGAUACUUUCCGGUACUGUUGGCCAUUGGUCAUUGAUUCAUGCUGUGCCGGAAUCCGGCGUUUGCGAGCAGUUGUUGACGGAUGUGAUGCAAAAGAUUCGACCGUCCGGGGUUGAAGUGCGCGGGGUACAACUUCCGGUGACCACACGUACCACCGCAUAUCAGUGGGCAAAAUCGAAGAUUGGCGCAAAAUAUAACGAUAUUUUCUCGGAUGAAAUGCUCGAUUCUACGGGCAACGAAGCUUUUUACUGCUCUCAGCUGAUUGCUAAAUCAUAUGAAUUUGCCGGAAUUGCAGAUUUCUCCCCGCAGCAUCAACUUAAUUUCACCGGUCCAGAUGGGCGAAUUUUGCCCUUUUGGGAAAAUUACUUCAAGAAACUUGAACUGCCAAUACCACAGGGUGCACCCGGAUCGCAUCCGGCAACACUGAUACAGUCUAAGUAUUUAAAAACAAAUUUUGCCAGAACUUGUCAUUAUUCAAUGGCGAAGUUUGUGGUACCUGCAACAGUCGAUUCGGCACUGCAUUUUCUACGUGGAGCUCGAAAGGUGCUAGUGCAUUGUGCCGCGGCAUCUAUUGAAACAGUCGAUGAGGCGAUUAAGGAUGCACGCCAAGCGCAACCAUCCUGGGCAGCACUCAGUGCGCAACAACGCGGUGCUGUUUUGCGAAAAGCUGCUGCUAUUAUUCGGGAUUGUUCGGAGAAAUUAGCAUAUUGGGAGACGGUGGACUGUGGUAAGCCGAUUGAGGAAUCACGUUGGGAUAUGGCCAGCUGCGCGGAUUGCUUCGAAUUCUUCGGUGGUGCUGCACACAAUCUCGCUGGCAACCAUUUUCCUUUGGGUAACAAUAAUUAUGCAUAUACGGAACGAAUACCGUGCGGUGUUGUUGGUGCAAUUGGUGUAUGGAAUUAUCCCUUGCAAACGGCAUCUUGGAAAAUCGCUCCAGCACUGAUGUGUGGAAAUGCUGUUGUAUAUAAACCAUCACCACUUGCUCCCGUAACUGCCGUAUUUCUGGCGCAAAUUCUGCAAAAUGCUGGACUUCCGGAUGAAGGCGAUACCGGGAAAGCAAUCUGUGAACAUAGUGGCAUUGAUAAGAUAACAUUUACGGGUAGCACAGAAACUGGCACGAAAAUCCUGGCUUCCUGCAGUCUGCCGGGACGGUUGAAACCGGUCACGCUGGAACUUGGCGGAAAAAGCUCAGUGAUUGUAUUUGAAGAUGCGGACAUCGAUAUUGCUUUAACAGGCGCACUGAUGGCAAAUUUCUUCUCCCAAGGUGAAGUAUGCUCGAAUGCUUCGAAAGUCCUCGUACACCAAUCCAUCUAUGACGAAUUCCAGCGAAAGAUUGUGGAUUUGACGAAAGGUCUAAUUCCCAAUGAUCCGCUACUGGAUGGAACAAAAAUUGGCGCAACCAUCUCCGAAGCACAUCUGUCAAAAGUUAAAGCAUUCAUCGAUGGAGCCUGUCGAGAAGGUGCUAUUUUGCUGUGUGGCGGGGAAGAAGUGAUAGUGAAUGGCCUCGAAGGAGGAUACUAUUUGUCCCCAGCUAUACUGACCAAUAUCACCGAGAAUAUGCGGAUUUACCAGGAAGAAGUAUUCGGAGCUGUCAUGUUACUUAUACCAUUUCAGCAAAAUGAGGUAAUUUUUUAUACCGUGUGGGUAAGAAUUCCGAAAGUUGAUUCGAUGAUACCAUUUGGUGGUAUGAAGCAGUCCGGUUUCGGACGUGAAAAUGGUGUAGCUGCUUUAGAAGCUUUUUCGCAAAUCAAAAGUGUUUAUGUUAAUGCAGCCAACAAGUUGAACAAUCCCUUUUUACGAUAA